GUCUACGCCUCCCGAAGACCGAAGGGCCGGAACGGGAGUAUGGGAUGGCGCCGGAUCCGAGUAUGACACAUCCUUCCGGGUUCGUGGAUACUCUUAAGAUGCGAUGUAUGUAUCUACAAAAAUAUCUAGGAUAUCGGUAACCUUGGAGUGUCGAGUUCUUGGAAUCACCCCCUCGAAUAUUUGGAGAAAUGGUCUGGGAUCUCAUCCGCGAUUCGGCCUUCGGCCAUCUAGUCCGUUUGACGAGCGGUGGAAAAUGGUUUCCCUAUGCUGAAGAGAGGGAUCCCGAAUUGUGGAAACAAUUUGUGAAUGAGGAGAAAUCGGGAUACCUUGCUCAUCAUGGAGACACCAAUCCACCAGAAGACUCGUCAAAAGACCAACUGGAUGCUGGCUCCACGACAUCUUCGAAAAGUCGACAGUCUGAGGAUGGGAAUAUUGAUAAUGAGGUCAGUGAACCAAGGGUGGACCCUGAGAAAGGAAGGGACAAGCACGUUAUCGAUUGGUUUGGUCCAGACGACCCUGAUAAUCCACGCAACUGGUCCCGCGGAAAGAGAUUCUUCGUCACUUUCGAGAUAUGUUUCCUCACUUUUAGCGUAUACAUCGGCUCUGCGAUUUAUUCCGCCGGCAUCCCAGAUGUGAUGCACACGUUUGGUGUUAGCCAGGUUGCUGCCACCCUUGGGCUCACUUUAUAUGUCGCAGGCUACGGUCUUGGCCCUAUGGUUUGGGCGCCUAUGAGCGAGAUACCAUUUAUCGGCCGCAAUCCCGUGUAUAUGAUGACUCUCUUCAUUUUCGUAAUGUUCCAAAUCCCAACUGCGCUAUCAUCGAAUUUCGGUAUGCUCCUCGCUUUCCGAUUUCUGACAGGCCUGUUCGGCUCCCCGGCCCUUGCCACAGGUGGCGCGACGAUUGGAGAUAUGUACCGUCCGAGGAAACAAGCAUACGGUCUCGGUGUAUGGGGCAUCGCUGCUGUUUGUGGCCCCGUCCUAGGCCCUCUUGUAGGCGGCUUCGCUGCGCAGGCCAAGAACUGGACGUGGACAGUCUGGGAACUGAUGUGGCUGUCUGGAUUCUGUUUCGUUUUCCUGUUCUUCUUUCUUCCGGAAACGAGCUCGACGAAUAUCUUGUAUCGUCGCACGAGGAGGCUUCGCAAGAUAACAGGCGAUGAACGACUGACCUGUGAGCCGGAAAUCAUGGCUGAGCACAUGACUGGCAAGGAUAUUGUCCUCAUGAUUCUCGUCCGCCCUAUCACCCUUAACUUCACCGAGCCUAUGGUCUUUCUCCUCAACCUCUACAUCGCUCUCAUCUACGGCCUCCUCUACAUCUGGUUCGAAUCCUUCCCAAUCGUCUUCGUCGAAAUCUACGGCUUCAAUCUCGGCCAAGAAGGCCUCGCCUUCCUUGGUCUCCUUGUCGGCGCCCUCAUUGCUCUCACUUGCCUCUUCUCUUGGCUCUACUUCUACCAAGAAAAGCAAUUCAACUCCAACGGCAACCUCCAACCUGAAAAACGCCUACCCCCGGCCAUGGUCGGUGCCUUCUUCGUGCCAAUCUGUCUCUUCUGGUUUGGCUGGUCCGCUCGCCCUUCAAUCCACUGGAUCAUGCCUAUCAUUGGCUCUGGCUUCUUCUCCAUCGCCGCAUUCCUGCUUUUCAACGCCGUGCUACCGUACCUCGGUGACGCGUACCCCGAUCACAUGGCGAGUGUCUUCGCGGGCAAUGACUUGAUGCGGAGUUCAUUUGGUGCCGGGUUUCCCCUUUUUGCAAACGCGAUGUAUCGGAAUUUAGGCGUGAAUUGGGCGAGUAGUACGUUGGCCUUUUUGGGCAUUGCAUUUAUUCCGAUUCCGUUUGUUUUGUACAUUUACGGGAAGAGGUUGAGGCAUUGGAGUAGAGCGGCUAGGAAGGAUAUUUAGGGAUGGACAGG